UUAUAGGUUCAAUGCUUCUUCUCUGCCUUAAAAGCAUAUCAAGAAAGGAAGUUCAUUAUGGAAUAUAUGCCACAAUGGAACAGGUAAAUGCUGCUGGCGACCUAUGUGCUAUAUGCCAAGAGAAGAUGCAUGCUCCAGUUUUGUUGCGUUGCAAACACAUCUUCUGUGAGGAAUGCGUAUCAGAAUGGUUUGAGAGAGAACGGACUUGCCCGCUAUGCAGAGCAUUGGUAAAACCCGCUGAACUACGGACCUUUGGAGAUGGAUCGACAAGUCUAAUUUUCCAGCUGUUUUAGGCUCUCUAAGUGUUUUUCAGGUUGGAUUAUCAUUUCACCCCGCAUUUUACCUACAAAAUGCCCUUACUUUGUUCUAUGAUUUGAGAAGUUUUCUCAUCAAUGGCUGCCCAAAAAAUCAGACUGAAGGAAAGCAUCAUAAAUAUGGUUCACAUUUAGUACAUAAGCACAUGUUCGAUUGUUGUCAUAAGGUACGAUGAGCAAGGGGUUUUUGCUUUGCUGCCAGAUACUGAAACGAAAGGAUUCGCUCUCCUGAUAUUUCCACAUUUGCCAAAAAUCAUGAUGAACACAAAUUUGUUCAUAAUAUUACAUCCCUUCGAAAUUUAAGUCCAGCCUUUC